CCCAGCCCCGGGGAGGUCUCCCUUCUGCCCUCCUCCCUCCCUCAUCCCUACUCCGGGCACAGUGACCAUGGCUGCCCCAGGCAGGGCUCAGCGGAGCGGGCUCCUGGAGCUGCGGGGGCCCGGAGAGCGCUGGCUCAGGGUGCUGCUUGUACUCGGAGAGGAAACUCUGAGCUUCACCCCGGAGCCGGAGCCAGGAGCACCCGAGGAGAAAGUAGUGAAUGGCGGGGACACCGAGGCGAGCGUCCCGGAGUCUAUCAUCAACCUGCGGAGGACAGUCAGGGUGGUGAAGCAGGAGGCUGGGGGGCUGGGGGUCAGCAUCAAGGGUGGUAGAGAGAACAAGAUGCCCAUCCUUAUCUCCAAGAUCUUCAAGGGCUUGGCCGCUGACCUGACGGGAGCUCUGUAUGUAGGCGACGCCAUACUGUCGGUGAAUGGAGUGGACCUCGCUGAAGCCACCCAUGAUGAUGCUGUGCAGGCUUUGAAGAAGACCGGAAAGGAGGUCGUGCUUGAAGUUAAAUACAUGAAGGAAAUAUCCCCAUACUUCAAAGGCUCCUCUCCUAGUGGCUCGUUUAACUGGGACUCCGCACCGUCCACUCCACUCAAGAAAGGUUCCCCUGCCCUUCCUCCGCGAGACAUAAAGGACGGAAAGAGCAUUCCGCUGAAGAUGUGCUAUGUAUCCCGAAGAUUCUUACCCACAGACCCAGAGCCCAGAUACCUGGAAAUCAGCUCAGCCGAUGGGAGGGAUGUCCUAUUCUUACGAGCAAAGGACGAGAGCACAGCACAGUCCUGGUUCAAUGCCAUCCACACCAAUGUCUGCGCUCUGGUACCACGCCUUCGAGAGGACAUCAAGCAACAUCUGGGCAAGGAGGUCAAGCAUAUGGGCUGGCUAACCGAGCAGCUCCCCCAGGAUGGUAAGAGGAAUCUCCUGGCUAUUCUCACCGAGAAGGAUCUUCUACUCUACAACAGUCUUCCUCACAGCAGGGAGGGCUUCAGCAAACCUGCUUAUUGCUACCCACUCAUCGCCACCAGACUUGUACAUUCGGGGCCCCCAAAAAGCUCCCCGAUGUAUGACACAGAUUUGUCGUUUGCCCUUCGCUCUGGCACUCAGAAGGGAGUAGAGACUCACCUGUUCAGCGUAGAGACGCAUCGUGAGCUGGCGGAGUGGACGCGAUCGCUGGUCGAUGGCUCUCACAGAGCGGCUGAGCUCAUACAGGAGGUGACCACAGCGUGCACAUGGGGUGGGAAGGAGUGCGCGCUGUCCAUCCACAUCGACCAAGGCUUCACCCUCUUCACAGAUGAGCCUGGCCUAAACAGGGUUAUCCACCUGCAUAAGCCUUUUGAGAAGCUCCGAAUGUCUUCAGAUGAUGGAACCAGGAUGCUGUAUCUGGAUUUCGGCAAGCCCGAGGGAGAACUACAACUGGAUCUUCAUUCUUGUCCCAAAACCAUUGUCUUCAUCAUCCACUCUUUCUUAUCAGCCAAAGUAUCUCGUCUUGGCCUACUAGCAUAGAAAACCGGUCCAUGUGGACUUCAUCAGGAUUGACCGUAUUUGUUGGACUGACCAGCCACCCAGACAGGAAGAACUACAGGGACGUCAUGAUCUCCUAGGGUUUCAAGAGUGUGUGUGCGUGACCAUAUGUACAUGAGGUUGAAAACCUGUACUUCUAGGACAUGGCCUUUAUAGGGAUUUUACCAAGUCAGCUUUCUAUAGUCUUUAACAAAACAAUCCAUCUUGAAUGUUGAUUUCACUGAUUGAAUAAGACCAUUCUUCAGGAUUUUCUAAGACGUUUAAUUGAGACUUGCCCAGGUACAAUAGUAAUAAUAAUAAGAGUGUAAUCAAACUGGCACAUAUAUAUAUAUAAAUUAUAUAUAUAUUUACACACAGAAUUAGGAGAAAGCACACAUAGAAUGUAUGUGUUUUUAAAUUAAAAAAAGUAAUAUUCCAAAAUGCACUAAUAUGAACUAGAGUUAGUUGAGCUGGCUUAUCCAAGCUCAUCAGCAGUAAAGAAGAAGCACAAGUCCGCACCGGGCUGCCCUACCCCUUGUUUUUGGGUCCCUUGGGUCUAGGCAGGACCAGGGUCAAGAUGACCCAUGGCCACCAAACUCACCUCCUCCAACACACAUAUUACUGCAACAUUAUCCAGCCCAGUCCAACAUGGAGUUCCCAAAAGGCUUAAAAGCACCAUAAAAGGAGCACAGAAAGGAUCCAGUUGGGGUAUAAAUCCACUCUAAACCCCAUGGUGGCUAUAUAUAUGAAAUUACAAUUAAAGCUCCAAAAAGCCAAAAAUGUCUCCGAGAAGGGAAGGCCAAAUGCCACUUCCCAGUAAUGCUUAUAGAAUUAAGCCCCAAUAGUGCCAAUUUCUACAAAUAAAACAUUUAAGGGUUAAUGAAAUGAGGAUUUCAUGUGAUCAGCUUGUCAGUCGGUGCUAUUUAACCCACUAAUGUUUAACUCUCUCAUUGCCAGUCACUUGCUGCCAAGCAAUAUUGUGCCUUAUAAGUAGUUUAUAAUCCAAUACCCAACUGUAUAGAUGCAUAUGUGCCUGCUCAUCCCAAACGGGGUAAAGGAGUAUACUUUAUGCCUUCAGACGAUCAAUACCUACAACUGAAUGCUUUUGAUACAGCUAAAAAAAAGAUGCAAUUCUGAUAACGAGCAUCCUGUUUUAAUCCGAUUUUAUGGUCACUGUUGAGUUUAUAUAUUGAGUGUUUUGUUAUAAAUAUAUAUAUAUAAAAAUUAUAAAUAUAUGCAUAUAAAUAUAUUAAAAGAGAUCUUAGAUACAAAAAUAGUUGUAUUACUGUACAAACAAAUACAUUUAAAUUAAUAUUAAAUUAGCAAAACACUUUUUAA